AUGGCACCCCCGGCGAUUCCAACGGUCACUCAGGGCGGCGGGAUGGCGGUAACUCCAGGAGACGCUCAAAAUGCGAUGCGGGUGUCAACCACCGGCGGAGAAUAUGAGCUUGAAGAAGAGGAAGAAGAGUAUAACUCCGAUGAGGAUACUGAUUUUGAUGCUAACGCGCCGGCUGCGGAUGACGAUGAGGACGAAGACAGGGAAGGGGGUGAAAUUAAUUGGGGGGCUGAUCGCGAUCGACCUAGCAAAAGGCGGAAACUAUCACCCGGUGCAGAUGAUGGUGAUCUCGUGAUGGAUGCCGGCUUUGAUUCGGGUGAUGAGAUCACUAUACGGGCCGGGAAGGAAAUGAUGGAGAAAGUGAGAAGGAGGAAAGAGAUAGAGAAGAAGACGGGGAAAAAGGGCAAGAGUAUAACAGAACGAGACAGUUAUGAAGAUGACGCGGAUGAGUUUGAGAUUGACGAUGAUGACAUGGGUGGAUUCGUGAGAACUAGGGGUAUGAAAAUGCGCAUGCAUGAAGAACAACGGCCCUUAGCGAGAGCUGAUGGUGCCACUGUGGACGUGGAUGCGCUGUGGGAACAAAUGAAAACAGUUGGGCCCAGCCCCAUCCCUCCAAAACCCAUCGGCCAAGAACCAAGCGGCGGGAUGACUUCAGAACGAGACAAACAGAAUGACAGAUCAACAACCAGAAAAUCUUUACGCCAAAUGUUAGACCAAGCACAUCCAUCGUCAAAGACGCCACAAAUUCCCCCUAGCGAAGAAACCGUAACUAUAAAACGAGUCUACAAAUUCGCUGGCGAGGUUGUAACAGAGAAUAAGACUGUUCCCAAAGAUUCUGCGGAGGCAAAACUUUACCUUUACGAAGAAAAUGCUAGGAAAAACAAACAGUCUAGAAGCUCCAAGGGAGCGGAGAAGGACAAUGACCCGUCUGAUGGUGGUAACAUUCCGCUUCGAAGACCGCUGCGUAAAUACUCCCGAUUCGACCCUAACACCCCUGACUUGGUCAAGAAGAGUUGGGAAAAGAACGUCGUUGCCCCCAAUGGUGCUGGCGUUGGGGGCGGUGAACAACCCAAGGGACCCAAACUGAAUACUGUCAUGAAAUCUCAGCUUGAUUGGGCCAAAUAUGUCGAUCGGACAGGCAUCAAAGAUGAACUUGACGUGCACAGCAAGGCUAAGGAGGGAUACCUAAGCCGGAUGGACUUCUUGAAUCGCGUGUAUGCGAAGAGAGAAGAGGAGCGGCGCAAUGCAAGGUUGAAGAAUUUAUGA